UUUUUUGCGGUGUCGCCACAGUUUUUAGAAAAUGUCUUCUCUGUCAGCCACGUUCGCAAUAUUUCUUCUCUUGAGAUACCCUGAGCAAUGUGCGGUAUCCUAGGUUUACUUUUACACGAUUCGACCAUCAAUUGUGCGCCAGAGAUCUGUGAAGGGCUUUCUCUACUACAGCAUAGAGGUCAAGAUGCCUGCGGGAUCGUUACUUGUGGGCCCAAAGGUCGCUUCUAUCAAUGCAAAGCCAAUGGCAUGGUCAGAGAUAUAUUCGAUGAAUCUUCAAUCCGAAAAUUGAUCGGUGGAAUGGGAGUUGGCCAUGUUCGAUAUCCCACUGCUGGGAGUUUCAACAAUGCUGAAGCUCAGCCUUUUUAUGUCAAUUCGCCAUAUGGUAUAGUUUUUGCCCACAAUGGAAACUUGAUUAACACGACUUCUUUGUUGCAAUAUAUGGAUGCUACGGCCCAUCGCCACAUCAAUACUUCGUCGGAUUCCGAGUUGCUACUUAACAUCUUCGCCAACAACCUUCAACAGACCGGAAAAUUCCGAAUCAAUGAAGAAGAUAUAUUCACAGCUAUCGGCGGGAUGAUGAAGCAAGUCAAGGGUGCCUAUGCUUGCGUUGCAAUGCUGGCCGGCUUUGGAAUCAUUGCAUUCAGAGAUCCGAACGGUAUUCGACCAGUAGGAAUGGCAGUGAGAAGGACGGAAACUGGGAACGACUAUCUUUUCGCGAGUGAAAGUGUUGUAGCUGAUGCCAGUGGAUUCACUGACUGGGAUGACGUGAAGCCAGGAGAAGCGAUCAUCAUUACUCGAACCAGCAUCUCCCGGCGGCAAGUCGCUGAACCUGCUACUUUCGCUCCCGACAUCUUUGAAUAUGUCUAUUUUGCCCGACCCGAUUCUGUUCUAGAUGGCGUUAGCGUCUACCGCAGCCGUAUGGCCAUGGGUGAUAUGCUUGCCGAAGAAGUGAAGCGCGUUCUGAGCAAAAUGGAUCUCUCGGUGGAUGUUGUUAUACCUGUCCCUGAUACUUCAAGAGUAGCAGCGUUGAAUUUAGCUCAGAAGCUCAAUCUUCCGUACCGUGAAGGAUUCAUCAAAAACCGAUAUGUAGGCAGAACCUUCAUCAUGCCUGGUCAGCAAAUGAGGAAGAAAAAUGUUCGUCGAAAGCUUAACGCCAUGGCUCUUGAGUUCUCUGGACGCAAUGUACUUUUAGUGGACGAUUCGAUCGUGCGAGGUACAACUUCGAAAGAAAUCAUACAAAUGGCAAAGGAUGUCGGGGCGAAAAAGGUUAUUGUUGCAAGUUGUGCUCCUCCAAUUCGAUAUCCAAACGUUUAUGGUAUCGAUAUGCCUUCACGGUCAGAGCUGGUGGCGUACGGCCGUAAAGAGGAAGACGUCGCAGAGGCCAUAGGCGCAGACUUGGUCAUUUUCCAAACCCUUCCUGAUCUCAUUGAGUCUGUAAGGCACUUGAACCUGAGCAUCAAAAGAUUCGAUUGUUCUUUAUUCGAUGGCGACUAUGUGACAGGUGGUGUUGACGAAGCCUAUUUUUCUAAACUUGAAACAUUACGCGCCGACAACGUUAGGGGCAAGGCUGCAAUGAUGAGUGGGGAUCUCGGUCCGGCGGAAGGUAAAGGUGGAGGAGGGGCCCCACCAAUGAAUGGAAUAACUGAAGACGUGGUGUCUAUUGGAACCAUGAACGGAGAUGAUACUGUUGGACUGCACAACACAUGGAAGCGAUGACGCGCCUCCUCACGUGCUUCUUUUUCUUGUCUCUUUUCGCUAUCAUAUAGCUUGACGUAACUUAACAUAUUGGCCAUAGAUCACCAUAGACCCAAAUACCUUUCCCUCCUCUUUGUGACUUAUCUUUAGUAACUACAUGUAUAUGUAUAUCUACUAUCUAUAUCUUCAGAGUUUCGUUUUUUUGGCUACCGAAGACG